UUUUGCUAGACUCUUGCUUUUUACAGUUACACGUAUUCUAGAACUACUAGAAGUUCUAGUUUAUUAUUACUAGACUCUAGAUCUAGACUACAUCUAUCAAUAUUGAAUUGGCUUUGCCCUGGUGCUUCUAGACAGCAUAAAAUACUCCAUUUCAAGUUGACCAAACUAACAAAUCAUCAUGGCUACCAUAGAGGAACUUAACAAAACUAGAGUAGAGCUCAGAGAAAAGCUUGAGCAAGAGACGAGGAAAGUUCAGGAACUAAAGGGUACGGCAAAGCGAGAACCUAUUGCAAAGAUGAGCGCAGAGGUUGUAGAUUCCAAUCCUUACAGUCGACUCAUGGCUUUGAAGCGAAUGGGCAUAGUUGAAGACUAUGAGAAAAUUCGAAGUUUCAGCAUCGCUGUAGUUGGUGUUGGUGGUGUAGGAAGUGUUACAGCAGAAAUGUUGACUAGGUGCGGCAUUGGAAAACUGUUGCUGUUUGACUAUGAUAAAGUUGAGCUGGCCAAUAUGAACCGCCUGUUCUACCAACCCCACCAAGCAGGUCUCAGUAAGGUAGAGGCAGCAGAGAGAACCCUCAGAGAGAUCAACCCUGAUGUGGAGUUUGAAGUCUACAACUACAAUAUAACUACAGUGGACAAUUUCCAGCAUUUUAUGGACAGAAUCAGGUUGGGUGGUAAGGAAAAAGAUAAGCCUGUUGAUCUAGUUCUCAGCUGUGUGGAUAACUUUGAGGCUCGAAUGGCAAUCAAUACGGCUUGCAAUGAGCUUGGUCAGUCUUGGUUUGAAUCUGGCGUCAGUGAGAAUGCUGUGUCUGGACACAUACAGUUCAUAGUACCUGGCGACACUUCCUGUUUUGCUUGUGCACCUCCCCUUGUGGUAGCCACCCACACAGAUGAGAGGACACUCAAGAAGGAAGGUGUCUGUGCUGCUAGCCUGCCCACAACCAUGGCUGUAGUUGCAGGAUUUCUGGUACAGAAUGUACUCAAGUAUUUACUCAAGUUUGGCCAGGUUUCCUACUACCUAGGUUACAAUGCUUUACAAGAUUAUUUUCCUACAAUGAGAAUGAAGCCGAACCCUCAGUGUGACGAUACACAUUGUCGCAAACAGCAGCAGCUUUUCCAGGAGAGAGAAGCAGCCAAACCUAAAGUGGAGGUAGAAAAAGUGGAAGAGUUGGCGGCAGUUCAUGAGGACAAUGAAUGGAGUAUUGAGAUUGUGUCUGAAACCACUGCCGAAGAAGCUCAGGCUGCACAGGGGGAUGUGCCCAGUUUAACACACGGUGUGACAGUAGCCUACACUAAACCUGUCCAACAGGAGGCUGACUCAUCUGAGCUUGUUUCAAACACAGAGUUGAGUUUAGAGGACUUGAUGAAACAGAUGCAGAGUUUAUAAAGUCUAGUCACUAACUUCAAUGAUGAUACAGUUUGUUGUGCAUGUAUAAA